CGCUUUUUCUGACAACCAUGAAGUAAAUUUUUAGAACAUUUGAUGAAUUUGACUGUGAUAUGAAGUUAUUAUAUGUACAGGAAAAUGACUUUGAUAUUGAGUUAUUAUGAAGUGAUAAAGAUGAUGGUUCAGGAGUUGAACAGAUGGAUGGAGUAGAAGAAGAAAUAACAAGUGGUCCUUUCAAAACAAUGGUGGAAUGGUUACUUUGGUACUUACUGUUAUGGCAACAUCAAUUUGGAGUGUCCGAUUCUGCCAUAAACAAACUUCUUAGAUUCAUUGUUGUGUUCUUUGGCAUGCUGAGAAGAGUUUUGCCACAAGCAAAUUUGAUAUCACAUUUGCUUCCUACCUCUGUUCAACUAGCAAGGCAGAAGUUUCACAGUGACAAGUUUAUUAAAUACACUGUGUGUCCACGAUGUCAUUCGUUAUAUGACUUGGAAGAGUGCUUUAUCACUAUUGGUAACAGAAGAGCUCCUCGGCAAUGCACUUUUGUGGCAUAUCCCAAUCGUCCACAGCAAUACCAUAGAUGGCCUUGUUCUGCUGAAUUGCUUGAUACCAUCAUUCUGAAAGACGGUACAAAACGCUUUGUUCCAAAGAAAAUCUAUGCAUAUAACAGCAUCUCUAAUACUCUAAAGAAAUAUCUCUUGAGGCCUCAGUUUGAAGAACUCUGUGAAAGCUGGCGUCAUCGAAAUGUUCCACAAGGGUACUAUGCAGAUUUGUACGAUGGGAGAGUUUGGUCACAGUUUCAGGUAGUUGAUGGAUGUCCUUUUCUUUCCACACCUAGAAAUUAUGCUUUCAUGGUGAAUGUAGACUGGUUUCGACCAUACAAGCACACUCCAUCAACUAUUGGUGCAAUCUACUUGUCUCUGAUGAAUCUUCCAAGACAAUUACGCUACAAGAAAGAUAACAGUUUUCUUGUAGGACUCAUUCCUGGUCCCAAUGGGCCUUCUCUCACAAUUAACACCUACUUGAAGCCAUUGGUUGAUGAACUGAAACUAUUGUGGGAAACUGGUAUUUGCUGCAGAUCAUUCUCAUCUCCAUGGUUCUCCAAUAGAUACUAUUGUGGUUUACUUUGUGUGGCAUGUGAUAUUCCUGCUUCCCGGAAAGUAGGAGGAUUUCUAAGCCAUUCAGCUAGAUUGGGAUGCAAAAAGGGCUUGCAAAAUUUUUCUACCUUGGGAUCAUCUGCUCCAGAUACAUAUUCUCAUGGCACCUGUCCACUUCGAACUGAUGAUGAACAUCGACAAUUAGUGGAAGAAAUUAUGAAUGCGAAAACUAAACAAGAACAAGAAGCACUAGAAAGUCAAUCAGGACUACGAUACACUGAGCUACUUCGUCUACCUUACUAUAAACCCAUUGAAUUUCUGGUAAUAGACCCAAUGCAUAACUUGUUUUUGGGAACUGCCAAGACAAUGCUGAAAGAUAUUUGGCUGAGUGAUGAAAACGCAUUAAUUUCAAAACAAGACUUUGAAAAAAUACAACAUCGUGUUGAUGCAGUUAAACUUCCUUCAACAAUUGGUCGAAUUCCCUUAAAAAUAGCAUCAAGUUUUUCUGGAUUUACUGCUGACCAGUGGAAAACCUGGACCACCAUUCAUUCCCUAUAUGCAUUGAGAGAUAUCCUUCCAGCGGAACACAAUCACUGUUGGCUAAAGUUUGUCAAUGCCUGUCGCUUGCUAUGCUCAACAAUAAUCACGAUCAAUGAUAUCGAACAAAUUCAACAUUUUCUUGAAGAGUUUUGCCAAGAUAUUGUCAGACUGUACAAAAGCCUUUAACACCAAACAUGCAUUUGCACUACCACCUUUGCAAUUCCAUCAUAAGUUAUGGUCCGACAUAUUCUUUUUGGUUAUUCAGGUUUGGGAGACUCAAUGGCAUCCUUGGAGCAUACAAAACCAACAAUAAAUCAGCCGAAAUACAAAUAAUGAGAAAGUUUCUCUACUCAACUGCAGUAUGUGACUCUGACUUUCCACUGGAUUUUCGUGCAGAAAUGUUGCCAUUGUUGCGAGAGCUUUUAGAUCAAAGCUGUGCUGAUGUUGGAUCCAAUGCCAUUGCACAAAUAGAGUCAUCUUCACUUAUCAGUCUAUUAGAUCUCCAAACCUCCUAUGUGCAGAAUCCACAAACAGACAUAUCCAUUUGGUCAAAAACAAGCAAAAACUACCUAAGAAGGUCAACAUAUACAACUUCUGCAUUCUCACCCUCAGAACUGCAGUUUAUAAAAAAAAUAUGUACGCUAAAUUGCUAGGUCCAAUAUCACCAAACUGUGUCAUUCCUGAGGUGUACACAAUUGUGAAGUCUGUUGAAAUAGCAGGAGUAAAGAUUGGAUCAGCAAUUUCCCCACUCGACCGUUCGAGUUAUAUCACUGCCAAAUGGACUGGGCCAACAGGCGAAGUACAACUGGAAACACAAUGGCCAGGCAGAAUUGAUCAUUUUCUAGAACACAGCAUUUAUCGAAAUGGACAAUGGGAAGAGCAUUUAAUAGCCAAAAUUUCAUGGUUUCAGCCUCAUCCCAAUAAAAAUAAGUUUGUUGGUGUUGAAAUUUGGUGCGCUCACAGUCACGUUAUUCUUGGUCUUUCUACGUUCAUGCCCGUUCAACGCAUAAUAUCUCUAUUUACACCUGCCAAAGAAACCUCCAAUGGGGAUACUGUACUUUUUGUUCUACCACAUAGUCGUAGAUUGUUGUUUUAAUUACGUGUUCAUAUGCUUUGUUCAAACACAAACCAGAUCAUAGGCAAUAACAUUAAUGCUGUGUUAAGAAUUAAUAAGACUGUUGAAAGAGAUUAUACAAUGUAAUAAAAAUUCAUAAUGAUAUAUAUAUAAAUGAAAC